AUGGAAACGAGAGCGAUCGGUGGAGCCAAAGCACUACUUCAGUUAGGAAAAGAAGGAGAACAAGAAGAUGUUGUGAAUGAGAGUCAAGACAGUGGGGACGAUGGGUUCCAGCGGAGUGGAAAUGGGGACGAAUUAGACGAAAAUCUCACCAACCACAAUGUUUCUCAAAUCGACGAAAUGACAAUACGAAGGCGAGGAAAUCGGGAAAUAAGACAACAAAGCCGAAACCAGGAAAUAAACCAAAACCAGGAAGUAAACCAAAACCAGGACAUAAACCAAAACCAAGACACAAAUGAUCAACUUCAGAACCAACUUGAACCUGAACCUCAGUCGCAGUCUCAAUCGCACCAACCCCAGUCCCCCGACUCCCACGAGUCGUCCACGCAGCUCAACGACGCCGUGGAAGCAGCGGUGCUUCGGUAUGUAGGGGGGACCCUUGACAACAGAAUGGACCGGCCGUAUAAGCGGCGACACGAAUUGAUGAACAUUGACUACCAGUGGAACUUUUUGGACGACAACGACAACAAACGCAAGAAGCAUUCGGACAUUGAUCCUGAGCUAGCAGGGCUUGAUUCGGAGCACGACCAGUUGGUUCAAGCAGCCAUUAUGGAUGCUCGAGAAUUGGCUAAGCAAUUGGGCCAGGGUGCGUUGCACGAAGAAGGUGCGGUUCAUGGCUUGGCUCCCCACCAGGCUCAGCAGGUUCUUGCGGAAAUCAAGGAUGGAAGCUCUCGUAGUCGAGAUGCGACGAGAAACAGACAAAUGACUACUCACCAAGGACAGGACCGUAAUCGUGAAACAGACAAUGAUCACCAUACCGAUUUGAAAAAAUUCACUUCACUCGAUUCACUUGUGGACGAAGCAGCCUCAAUGGCUUGCUCGUGGUACAAUUCGGUUCCUCACGAGACCCCAGGUCCACGGAUGUUUCUGGCGCAAGAAAUAGCCGCUGUAGACUUGUUUAUCCAUGGCUACUGUCAUCUCCAUAAGCUUAGUCGCCAGGAUAUUUGUGCACGAAUCUGGUCCAACGAGCGGAAGAAGGACAAUUUUUGGGAAUCGCUCACCAGAGUGCUUCCGUAUCGUCUGCGGGCGCUGGUGUACAAGCAUGUGAGGCGCCAGUACCAUGUGUUUCAGGUGCGGGCGAAAUGGAGCAAAGAAGACGACGAAUUUUUGCGGAAACUUGCACAGACAAAGCAGGGCAAUUGGAAGGAAAUUGGUGAUAUAAUGGGCCGAAUGCCGGAGGAUUGUCGAGAUAGGUGGAGAAAUUAUGUUAAAUGUGGAGACAAUCGUCUGCUUAACAAAUGGCUGGAAGACGAGGAAAAACAGCUUCGUGAUGCCGUGGCCCAGGUGCAAGGAUCCGACAGUGAAAAGCCCAUCAAUUGGACGGUGGUGAGUGAAAAAAUGAACGGGAUUCGACUGCGCAUUCAAUGCCGCUACAAGUGGAACAAACUUCUUAAGAGAGAAUCUUCGGUACGAGCAGCGUCUAUGGAUGCUCAUACGAAACUUUGGCUAUUUCAAAAGUUACAGUCACUUGACUUCCCCACGGUGGAGUCGGUGGACUGGCAAUAUCUCGCCCAAAUGUACCAGGACGAGCAAAAGGACGCACGGUGGGCCAGCGCAGACUUUAAAUUUGGCUUCGAUAAGCUCAAAAGUGAGGUGAAAAACCACCGGAAACUUCCACUUUCUGAAAUACUCACUCGCUUGAUUACAGACUUGUAUGCUCGUGAAGGCCAGGAGCUUCCACCAGCAGACUUUGAUGCAAAAAUGGACUCUGCCAGUUUGGCAAAUGCGGCCGUGGCGGCCGUGGAGGAUAACCAGCAGUAUUUGUGGAGAUAA